UAGGAAGUGAAUGUUAUACAAUUUAUUCAUUCAGAAGGAAAGAAAUCAAACGUUGAUCACAUAGCCCUCGAUUUAACCACGAAUUUCCUCGUUGAUCACAUAGCCCUGCAUUUAACCACCAAUUUCCUCGUUGAGUCGUUGAUCACAUAUAUUCUGUUAUAUGUCGUGCUGGUGUCUCUUCCUGCAACCUUUCUGAAUUUCCGCCCCUGGGAACUAAAUUGUAGCACAUGUUAAAAAUACUAAGUUGUUUCUUUGUCAUCCGAAUAUCUGACUAGCAAUAAGAUGAUGUUCUAAUCCCCAACCAAUGGAUCAAUUAGUGCACCUGAUUCUGGCUUUCUGAGGGUUCAUUUGUCCAUGCUGUCGGGUUUGGUCACUUAGGGUGAGUUUGAGGAGAAGGGGAUUGAGAAGAUUGAGAAGAUACACAAAACGAGGUGAGCUAUUACCUGCUUAGAUGAUUUGUUGAGUGAAGUUGCCUUGUUGAAUUAUGAAACUGGCCAUCACAAUUCUUAACUGUAACUUGUUUUACUCUUGUGGUUACUCCCCUAGGAGUGGGAUUCUGAACAGCCUCAUGUUUCUUAUGUUGAGUUGUUGACAUGGCUGAUGGCAUGAAUGUUUUCUGAAGAUACCUCACUGAAUGAACAUCUACUGUAGGGCCACAGGUUGCAUGGCAACCGUAAAUCGAUUACCAAAUUGGAAUCUGAACAAAUUGGAAUCUGAACCUCUAGUGAACAAUGCUUGAAUUUGAAUAUUAAGAACAUGAAUAUCUACCUCAUUGUUUGAGGCAUGACCUGUAAUUUGACUUGAAUAGUUCCUAUAAUGUUUCGCAUGAUUUUGUACAUACCACUUUCUGCCUAUGCAAGGAAACGCUGCUUCUCAUGACCCAACCCUGGAAUCCUUGACAAGUUCUGUUCCUGAAAUAUUCAUCUGAGGCUGUGUUUAGUUCAGCGCAAAGUUUGGAUUUUUGUUGAAAUUGGAGAUGAUGUGACUGAAAAGUUGUGUGUGUAUGACAGGUUGAUGUGAUGGAAAAGGACUGAAGUUUGGAUCCAAACUUUGGAUCUAAACACAGCCUGAGUUGAGAGUCUGGGAACCGAAUAACUUUUUAUCAUGGUUCAAAACCUGCAAAUUCAGCAUUCCUGGUUCAGCUUAAUGCUUUGCUUACGCUAACUCAUGCUCGACAGUCCAAUGACACUGAGAAUAUGAAAUUAUUUGUUUGUAAUUAUUGUAGUUUGUGUGGGUACAAGCAUUCUCGACAUAUAUAAUCCUCGGUGUGCUCAUUUGAUGAAGCACUUCAAUAUGUGUAUUCUUCACACUGACUGUUCAUUGUUGGCUGAAGUUCAGUGACUAAUGAUGGAAUUCGUUGCCCAUUUUGUGAUGUUGAAAGUCUGCCUCAAUACAAAGGUUAAGCAUAGCAUGCUGUCAGUUAGUCAUAACCAUCUUUGUAAUCACAUCUAAGUGAAAAAAAAAAAAAGGCUAGCUUGAGCACUGAAUCUCUGAAGAAAUUAUGGCCAAUGAGACAUACUGAUACUAGAGCAGUUGAUAUGUCAAAAGCAAGCAGCCACCUUAUCUUCUCCUCCCGGCAGCGAAGCUUCUGGCGCCAAUGGCCUUGAGCUUCCUGAACACUCCUCCCUCCAAACUCGCGCCCAAACCGUCGUUCCCGCCACCAUCUCGGCAGUUCGCGCCACCGCAGCGGCAGCGAUCUCUUCUCCAUCUCUCGCUGCUCCUCCGCGAGCAGCAGCCGCCGCGACCCGUCCGCUCCUCGUCGUCCACGCAGGCGGGCGCGGCCCCCUCGCCGCCGUCGUCGAGGGAGGAGGCCGUGUCCCAGGCGAGGUCCUGCCUCGCCGCCGCGCUGCGCAAGCCGCUCGGCAAGCAGAGGAAGCAGCAGCGGCAGCCGCGGUUCCGCGCCGAGAUACCAGUCGUCGACGACUCGCCGGGCUCCCUCGCGCGCCUCGCCUCCGACGUGUUCUCGUCGGGCCUCGGCUUGUCGAGGAAGGGCGGCGGCGGCGGCGCGCCGGCGAGGCUGCUGCUCGUGUGGCCGUCCUCCGAGGAGAUGGGUGUGGCUCUACGGGAGCCCCAUGAUUGGGGGGAAUCCACGGCGCACGCGCAGCUCGACGCGGUGGCGCCCGACGCGCUGAGCAGCUGCGACGCCGCCGUGUUCCUGGCGCCCGGGCGGUCGCAGGUGGAGAAGAUGAAGGCCGCCGCCGACGCGCUGGACACCAAGCCGGUGGUCAUGUUCAACCCGGCGUGGAGCUUCGACGAGGAGGAGGAGGGGUUCGCCGGCGGCGCGAGGGGAUUCGUGGGCUCCUUCAGCGUGGUGUACUCCUUCACGGGGCUGGAGGUGAGGGGCCUUCUGAGCAAGAAGAAGGGUGUGCUGCUCCGGUGCGUCGACGGCGGCAGGUUCGGCGGCGAGAGCUGGGUGCUCAUGGUGGAGGACGACGCCGCCGCGCCGGCGUCGGAGCAGUUCAAGGUGGUGUCGCGGCUGAAGCGGCGGCCGACGAUCGGCGAGGUGGAGACCAUGCUGUACAACGUCAUGGCCGCAAACUCGCCGGUGACCAAGUCGGCAAGAUUCCUCCGGGGGCUCGUGUCCAAUGUCACCGGAGGAAGGAAGGAGAAGAAGCAAUGAUCUUUCUCGAGGCCAUUGUUGCAGUGAAUUCAUCAGUACUAGAUUUUUUUUUCUUUUCUGAAUGAAUUCGACAGUAGCAGAUGUUUUCAUGUAAUUUUACGAUUUCGAGAAUUCGUUCAGACUGCAUAUGAGCGAAUUCGCCAGUAGAAGUUUGCAGUGAACCAUAACGAGUUUGAUGAGUUCAUAUGCUUCCAUGUGAAUUAAAUUUGAAAAUAUAUUGUUCAUUCAAUUUUUUAUCA